AUGCCUAAGGCUCCAAAUCCGCCGCCUAUUGGCGAGACGGCUGAGGAGGAGGCCGCACAAUCCGCCGGUGAGCAGGGGCGUGAGCAUGAACGUGCCCGAAAUUCAUGGCAUGUUGGUGUACCGGCGCGGUGUAAUAUUGGGCGGCGUCUCGUUCCAUGCCGCUCUUCACUUCCUUGCCGUGAGGAGAGAAGAGACGACGUCGACGAUUCCCCUGACCUGAAAUUGCUGGCGAAAAUGACGAACCAACCAAGUUGCAAAGUGAGGCAGCCGCGUCGCUGGUAUCCGAGAAAAUGUCCGUGGGGUUGUAGAUGUGGCUGCCUGAGAGAAGUGCUCUCGGCCAUCCAUCGCCUUGCGACGGGCCGUGACCAAGAUUUAAGCGCCUUGCGAAAAGCUAUGGCCAUGGCCAAGGCCAAGAUACGUGGUGACACGCGCGCGCGCCUUGGGACCAGAGCAACUUUCGGGUUUGACUGGACCAUGAGAGCGCAAGGCGCAAGAAUUGUUGAGGCGAGGUGUUUGAGAUGCCGUUGGCAUGAAUCGAACGUGGGCGGCCCGAGUGGCACGAGGCCGUGUCUGCUGCAAGUCAUGGUGAGCCUGGUAUGCGAGACGGAGGGUGUGAUUAAGAAGACACUUGAGGUCGGGCCAACGACCUAG